AUGUCCGCCGCCGCCGCCGCCGCCGAAGCCAAGCCACAGCUACAACAAUGGCACGUCACGGAGCCGUACUUACACCUCCGGUGCGGACUAGGCGAAGGCCCGUACUACGAGGAGCCGACUCACAGCCUACGGUUCGUCGACAUCAAGAAGAAGCGGGUGCACGCCGUGGACCUAGCUAAGAUCCCGUACCCGAACCCGAACCCCGACGUGGAUCCGAGUUCGGCCCCCGCCGGCGUCGAGACCAUCCAGCUCGACGUCCCCGUAACCGUCACGGCGGACAUCGAGGGCGUCGACCCGCGCGAGCGCAUCCUCGUCGGCGUCAAAUACGGCCUCGCGGUGCUGGACCGCCGCACUGGCACCUACGAGUACGUCACGCGGUUCGGCGCCGGCAAGGACAACGAGCGCCUGCGCAGCAACGACGGCGCUGUCGAUCCUCACGGACGCUUUUGGCUCGGCACCAUGUCCGAUUUCGGCUACGACUUGCAGCCCGAAGGCUCCGUGUUCCUCUUCGACGGCACGCGCUCGGCGCGGUCCAUGCGGCACCCCGUCACCAUCCCGAACUCGGUCGGCUGGUCCCCGGACGGCAAGACCUUGUACUUCACGCACUCGACCGAGCGCACCAUCCACGCGUACGACUACGACCGGAGCUCCGGCGAGGUAUCUCGCGAGCGCGCGUUUUACCUACACGACGGUCCCGGCGAGCCCGACGGCUUCCGUGUCGAUGUCGAGGGGAACUUAUGGCAGGCCGUGUACGGCGAGAGCCGCGUGCUGAAGAUCUCGCCCGAGGGAAAGCUCGUCGGCGAAAUUAGGCUGCCUACUAAGAACGUCACGUGUACCCAGUUCGUCGGCACGGAGCUGUUUAUCACGACGGCGGGAAUGCAGGAGGGCGAGGGGACUCCCGAGGAGGUUGAACUCAGCGGUGCGCUGUUCAGAGUUGACGUCGGUGUUAAGGGGGUGGACCCUUUCUUGUUCAAGCUGAGCAAGGUGGCGGAUCCGAAGUCUUGA